AUGUCAGUCAUCGCCGUCUCACCGGCCGUCGGAUCAUUCUGCAUCACACGAUCAGCUAAAAUGGUUUCACGGCCAAGAGUUGUAAUGGCCGUGGGAUCUAACACCAUUUCUGGAGCGUCAAUUUUAACAAAGUUACAGAAAGACUGUGCUACUCCUUUGCCAGUUUUGCGCCACGUGGUGGAUGCCAUGGCUGAUGAUAUGCGGGCCGGGCUUGCCGUUGAGGGUGGUAGUGAUCUCAAGAUGAUUCUUAGCUAUGUUGAUGCACUACCCACCGGAAACGAGAAGGGAUUGUUUUAUGCUCUGGAUCUUGGUGGUACGAAUUUCCGAGUGCUAAGAGUGCAAUUAGGAGGAAAGGAAGAACGCGUAAUUUCCACAGAAUUCGAGCAAGUUUCUAUCCCGCCUGAGUUAAUGUUUGGCACCACCGAGGAGCUUUUCGAUUUCAUUGCUUCUGGACUUGCAAAAUUCGCACAAAAAGAAGGCGGAAAGUUUCAUCUGCAGCAGGGAAAGACAAGGGAAAUAGGAUUCACAUUUUCUUUCCCGGUGAAGCAGACCUCUAUUGAUUCAGGCAUCCUAAUCAAAUGGACAAAGGGUUUUGCUGUAUCUGGAACUGCAGGGAAAGAUGUAGUUGCUUGCUUGAACGAAGCUAUGAAAAGGCAGGAACUAGAUAUGCGAGUGUCUGCCCUGGUCAAUGAUACGGUGGGGACAUUAGCCGGAUCUAGAUACUGGGAUGAUGAUGUCAUGGUUGCUGUUAUAUUAGGAACCGGAACCAAUGCGUGCUACGUCGAACGUGUAGAUGCUAUUCCUAAACUUCAGGAUCCAAGUUCAACAUCUGGAAGAACAAUUGUGAACACUGAAUGGGGAGCAUUCUCUAAUGGCCUCCCUUUGACUGAGUUCGACCAACAAAUGGAUGCUGAGAGUAUCAAUCCCUGCGAACAGAUAUUUGAGAAGACAAUUUCUGGUAUGUAUCUUGGUGAGAUUGUAAGAAGAGUGCUGCUCAGAAUGGCUGAAGCUGCUGACUUAUUUGGUCACUCAGUGCCCGAAAAAUUACUGAUGCCAUUUUCUCUCAGGACCCCGGAUAUAUGUGCUAUGCAGCAGGAUACGUCCAAAGAUCUUGAAGAAGUUGGAUCUGUCCUCUAUGAUGUUGCUGGGGUGAAUUCCAGUACAAACGCGAGGAAGAUUGUUAUAGAUGUGUGUGAUACCAUUGCAAAACGUGGUGGGCGCUUGGCAGGUGCAGGAAUAGUCGGGAUUCUCCAGAAGAUGGAACUCGAUUCAAAAGGCCUCAUCUUUGGAAAGAGGACUGUAGUGGCAAUGGAUGGAGGCUUAUAUGAGCAUUACCCCCAGUAUAGAAGAUACCUCCAAGAAGCUGUAACAGAGCUUCUCGGACCUGAAAUCUCGAGAAAUAUAGUAAUUGAACACUCAAAGGACGGGUCAGGAAUUGGAGCCGCGUUGUUGGCUGCUUCAAACUCGAAGUAUGGGCACGAUAUCUAG